AUGAGAAGCACAUAUCUGGCGGCCGAGCUGCUGGCCACUGCGAUCCUCGCGUUCGCACUCGUUGGCAGAGUGGAUGCGUAUGCUCAAGGGCGAAGGUGAGCUGCGGAUAUGCUCUCCAUUUGCGGGCAUGCGAGCCAACAAUCAAGCAGGCUGAUGGUUCACCGCGCAUCGAAACCAUUGCAGUCUUCGGCGUAUGAGCGGAUUCGAAAUCUUCAUGGAUAAGCAGGAAAGGCUGCAGCAGACCGUAGCGACCAAGCAAGUGGUGCUCGCAACGCAACAGCAGAUUGGCGGCGAGUCAGCUCUGCAGGUGGCGUCUGCUUCAAUUGGCAGCAACGAUACGGAUUAUCCUGGUGUCAGAGCUGGCUUCCUCACCCAGCCUCUCGACCACUUUGACGGCACCACCAACGUGACCUUCCAGCAGAGAUUUUGGUGCGUCAUCCGCGUGCACAAGCCCUCCUGCGAGAGUGCGGCUCAUCUCCUUGGGCCGUUUCUGAGCAUGCAGGUACCAUUUGAAUUACUACAAACCGCCCGCCGAGCGAACCGGCUCUGUUGUCCCGCUCUUCAUCACUGACCCAGGAGAGCAGGAUGCCGAGCCGCUCGUCAAAAGCCUUGUAAGCGUCACAAACGGACGAAAAGGAGGAGCCUUGAGCUCAAUGCGUUGCCUGGCUGAUUUGCGUGCGACUCUUGGCUCGUCUGGCAGUACUCAGGCUGGAUCGACAGGCUUGCGCGAGAAAAUGCAGGCAUCCCAAUCGUGCUCGAGCAUCGCUACUAUGGCAAAUCUUUUCCCAACCGUACAGAGCUGGGGGCCGGUGAAUUUUGGCAGCCUGACGCCUUGCGCUGGCUUACCAACAAGCAAGCUCUCGAAGAUGCCGCUCAAUUCGUCCAGAAGGUCCGCUUCGAGAAUGUGACGGAAGAGACGCUUCACUCCCCUGUGUCACCAGUCAUUUACUACGGAGGAUCCUAUUCUGGCGCAAGAUCGGCCCACCUUCGUCUCCUUUACCCCGAUCUCAUCUACGGAUCGAUCGCCAGCUCAGGUGUCGUGCUCGCACACGAGAACUACCCCGAAUACUUCUUCCCCAUCUCACGCGGUCUGCAAGACAAUUGCAACCAAGCUCUGCAAGCUUCUAUCGGCUUCAUCGACAGCAUCAUCGCACCUGAGCCCGAAAAGGGCCAAGUUCAGCCUACCAGAGACCAGAACGCAACGACCGCCAUCCAGGCGCUGUUCGGCCUCGAGGGGCUCUCCAACCCCGCGGACUUUGCAAACGUCCUCUCGAUCCCUCUGGGUGAUUUCCAAAGCCAAAGGUGGGACUACGCGAACACGAAGACCAAAGCGGUCUAUGCUCUGUGCGAUGCCAUCACCAACACUACAAACAGCGGUCCGAAGCCCGCCAACCCGGCUCGCCGAGGAGAGGAACCAACUGCUGUGAUUCAGGGCAAACAAGUGCCUGAAACGGUGGUCCGCUUUGGAAAGUACAUCAAGGAAGCUUAUGUCAAACCCUGCGUUGCUGGUGACGAAGGUUCUACGGUCGAGCGUUGCUUUGGAUCGAGCGACUGGAGCUACUACACCAAUGCUACAGAUCCCAACCCUGUUUCUUGGCCCUUCCAGUUCUGCACAACUUGGGGUUACUUGCAGACCGCUGCACCUCAAAAUGCUACCAACGACCCGUACGCCACCAACUUCACAAACCCCAGACUCGUGAGCUCCCUGCUUGACAUCGAAUACAUUGGGGAAAUUUGCCGUUCGGUGAGUGCAGACGUCGGCCUUCCCGAGAGGCACGCAAAUCGGAGUACAGAUAACCUAAGGUGUCCAUUGCUUUGACUUUUGUGCUUUGGACAGGCUUUCAAAGACGGCCAGCAUUACUCGAUGUGAGUAUGAUCUCACCGGCCGAGCCGUGCCGUGACUCGAGACGCCAUACUGACGCUCGUUGAAUUGGUCGCUUGACAGCCCCGCUCAUCCCAACGUGACCGAGGUCAACAGCCUUGGCGCUUUGAACAUUACGAUGGACCGUCUUGCAUUCAUCAAUGGACAAUACGACCCAUGGAGGCCCAUGACGACUGCCAGCGAAGAGUUUGGCGACGGCGGCGCAAGUCGCGAAGACACGACGCUGAGGCCCUUCAAGAUCAUUCCUACGUGCUACCACGUCUGCGACUCGAGCUCCGGCACGCCAGGCAACAAGACUAGCGAUCCUGCGCCUCGAGUCAAAAAGGUGCAGGACGAAGUGGGUGCUGCGGUGACGAGCUGGCUGGCAGACUUUGUCGCGCCACCUGCAAACACCACCAUCGAGACUGGUAACCGCUUCCAUGCAGUUGCAGUCCUAGGCCAUUGA